UGAGCUGCUGCAUAAGGAAACUUCCAAUCAUUGCUUCUGCUGAGAAUGAGCUCCAUUUAAAGUCAAGUUUUGUUAAGACAUGUCCGGGCACGUUUAGGAAGUAAAUGGCGGAAGAGUUAACUUAUUCUUUUAUAACAUCAAAGAUUGAUAUAUCACGGAAUAAUUCAACCCUUAUCAGCGACCGAACAAAGGUUCAUAAGUUACACUAAUCUUUCCAAGCAAGAUGCCGCCACGCGUUGAUGACGUAAUGAAACUGUGUUGUGAACUGUCCACAAAUCAACAAGUAAAAACAACAGUGAAACAGUCUGGAAAAGGAGCAGUGACAGCUGGUGGUCUAGCUUUUGCAGGAGGUUUAUUAGGGGGUCCUCUGGGAAUUGCAGUGGGUGGGGCUGUUGGAGGACUGCUUGGAUGCUGGAUGACAAGCGGACAGUUUAAACCUCUCCCCCAGGUUAUCAUGGAACUGACACCAGACCAGCAGCACAGACUCUAUGAGGAUAUUGCAGCCAUCUUAGGCUCAAUAACAUGGACUGAUGUUGCACAGCUGAUUGCCCUUGUAAUGGGAAAUGCCACACUUCAGCAGCAGGUGACUGCUGCUCUUUUAAGCUAUAUACAUAAGGAGCUUCAAGCUGAAGUGCAUUAUGUAGACUGACACCCUUUUCAUAAAAACAAACAAAAAGCAUUUCAAACCUUAUCAUGUCAUACAGGUUGUUUGAUUAGAUCCUUGAGGAUUGUAGUUUAAAAUGGCAUAUAAAAAUGUUUUAACUUUAUAUGGUACAUUUGAAUCUGACAAGCACCAUGCAUAGGCUAUUCUUUGAAAUAAUUUCCUGGCAUAAUGUGCAGUUUAUUUUGUGAACAUGUGAAUGAAUGCCUUUUUAAAGUUAUUUAAUUAAUUUGCAUACCCAGUCAAAAGCCUUAACUGAUUGCUUUAAAAUUGAGUGCUGAAAAAAAUAUGUAUUUAUUAAUAUUUAGAUUUUGCCAGGCACAUUAAAAUCAUGUGUCAUAGGGAUUGUCUGACUGAAUGCUUGAGUACUGUAGUUGAAACUGGCAUAGCACUGUAUGUUCUUUGAAAUAGUUUACUGGCAUAAUGUGUGGUUUAUUUUCAUAACAAUUAGGAAGAUUAUGCAAUAUAGAACAUAUGGGAAUGAUAUUGUUAAAUUAAUGUCUUUUGAAGUUAAUUAAACAUUUUUUUUCUCAUAGAA